CCCAUCAGUCGGGAAGCCUGGACUGUGGGCUGGGGGAAGCCACAGCCUUUCCCACCUGGCACCCAUUGCCCCCUGCCCUUGGUACCUGUUCCAAGCCCUGGAGCCCCUUAAAGCUGCCAGCGAAGCCCUAGAAGACUGUAUCUUGGUACUUGAACAGGGACAUUCCUGAAUUGGUAAAGAAGGGACUGGCUCAGCCUCUCCUGGCAGUUGAUCGGCUAUGCUGUGCCUAACCAGAAUUGAAAAGUCAGGAGACAGAGUUAGAAGAAGGUUGAGACUUUGAGGACCUCCCACCUGGCUCAGGACCCUGUGAUCAGGGAAGCGCCACGGGUGAGUCGGCCCAUCCAGCACGCUGUGGAGGAGCCAUGGAUGUCACAGUGGAGAAGACCCCCAGAUCACACAUGCUCUCCCCUCAUGCCAGCAGCCUGUGGCCAUUUCCCCAAUGGGGAGAAGGGAACAGGGUGGAACAGAGCUGAAUCAGAGGCUGAAUUUCAGAGCCGGCUCUGUCACUUGCCAACUCAGCGUCUCAGAGCCUCAGUUUCCUCAUCUGCAAAAUGGAUACAACAGCCCAUGCCUCACAGAGCCGGAGCCAGAUUUCACACUGAGCAGCUGCAGACGGAGAAAUCAGAGAAAGCACAAGCCAGCCACAGAUUCCAGGGCCUGCGGGAGACUCUCCUCCCACUCAGAAGGAAGACCCCGAGGUGACCGUCUCAGGCCAGGUCUUGCUGCCAUGGGACCCACGACCGCCGCCCACUGGCUGCCCUCCGCACUGCCGGGCAGAUAAGGGUGAGCCCUGCCCGGAGCACCUGCCAGCACCUGGCCACUCCCCUGAGGCCAGCCCUCCUCACUCCGGGCUCCCUCUGCUGACCUGAGGCCAUGUAGACCCUCCUCGGGCCUCUGUGAGCACACACACCUCUGGGGACGCACGUCUGUUCUCUGCGAGACCCAGCGCACCACCAUGCCCCAGGGAUUCGCCUGGCUGCGCUAUCUUGGGAUCCUCCUCGGCAUGGCCUUGGGAAACGAGGGCUUGGAGCCGUGGCCCUUGACCCAGAGCGACGAGUGCGCCGUCACUGGCUUCCUGCGGGACAAGCUGCAGUACCAGAGCCGCCUUCAGUACAUGAAACACUACUUCCCCAUCAACUACAGGGUCAGUGUGCCUUAUGAGGGGGUGCUCCGAACAGCCAACGUCACGAGGCUGCAGCGGGCCCGGGUGAGCCAGCAGGAGCUUCGGUAUCUGUGGGUCCUGGUGAGUCUCAGUGCUACUGAGUGGGUGCAGGAGGUGCUGCUCGAGGGCCACCCGUCCUGGAAGUACCUGGAGGAAGUGCACACGCUACUGCUGGACGUCAAGCAGGGCCUGCGGGGCGUGGAGGUCAGCCCCCAGGUGGAAGCAGUGUUGAACCUCCUGAGUGCGCCGGGAAGCCUGAAGCUGGUGCGGCCCAAAGCGCUGCUGGACAACUGCUUCCGGGUCAUGGAGCUGCUCUACUGCCCUUGCUGUAAAGAAAGCUCUGUGCUGAACUGGCAGGACUGUGAGGCACCUCAGCCUCAGCCUUGCAGCCCAGCCUCGGCACAGUCUGAGGCCGCCCAGCUGUACCCUCUGCCCCAGCCGCCCUCCACCUCCCUGCCCCGCGUCCUGGGGCCCUCGGCUGGCCCCCCUGCUCAGUGAAGCUGCUGAGGGCACAGGGCGAAGGCUUCCUGCCCGGAGGUGCCUAGGGUGACCUGGGGGGCAGCUGGUGGAGCCCCUGCAAGAGACGGACUGGGCCCGAGAUCUCGGGUGGUGGUGGGGAGCACCUCCUGGAGAGGAGGCCCCGAAGUGUUUUCCUUUGAGGACAGAGCCUGAGAAGCGUGCAGCUCCCCCUCCUGUGGUCUCGCCGGGAGCGGCGGGGUCCGGGGCACCUGAAGGUCGAUGAAGGCAGAGCCUCUGGCUGCUCCUGGCACUGUCCCCGAAGGCAGCGCCAACCCUCUCCUGAGUCAGGCGGUGGGAGCGGUACCAGGUGGGUGUGGGCGGCGCCCGGCUCAGCAAGGCCGGGGCGGGGGCAGCAAAGCUGGGACAAGGGCAUGGCCGCCAAAUGCCACGACUUGCCAUAGUUUCUUUUAUUUUUUCUAUUAAACACCGCUUUGUUUUG